GCCUUGUGUGCCCGGAGAGAGGCCCUCAAGCAACUGCAGCACAAACAAGCCGUACGGCAGUGACAGCUGCGGCCCGGCGUGUGCCGCCAUGACCUCCGCGGCGGUAUGGUGAAGGAAGACGAAGAACCCAGGCGCGUGCCACGGGCUCAGCGCGCGGGCUGAGGAGAGGGAAACGAAGGCGACGACGACGACGUCGAUCAGUCCGCUCCGCCGUUCGAUGCUGCGCAUGGCGUCUUUCAACGAGCGGCUCGUCCACGAGGUCAAGAAGCACAAGCAGCUGUGGGACCAGCACUCCAAGCUUCACAAGGAGGCCGGCUUCCGCGAGGCCGCCUGGCUGGACAUCGCCACAGCUCUGGCAGUCAGCGUGGAGGAAUGCCAGACCCGCUGGCGCACCAUCCGGGACACUUACCUGAAGCGUAAGAAGCGGCGCCGCUCAGACGCCAAGGGCCAGUGGAACGUGCUUGACCGGGAGCUUUCCUUCCUCGACGAGUUCCUCCGCCCGCGCACGAGGCGCUGUUCACUGCGUGCCCUGCCGAUGCCUCCCGUCAAGAGCGAGGUGCCCGACGGCGACCCCCGCGAGGCCUCGGGGCCCGAGGAAGCGGCCAACCACUGGGCGCCGCACCCGCAGCAGCCGCUGGCCAUCCUGCCGCACCACCAGGACGGCGCCGCUCUGCAGGAGCGCGCCGGAGACCCCGACGAGCUGUUCUGCCUGAGCCUGUCGGCGCAGCUCAAGCGGCUCCUGCCCAGGGAGCGCAACUUGGCCAAAAUGAAGAUGCUGCGGGUUCUGCACAACCUCGAGUUUGGCCAGGUGGAGGACGAAGCGGACAUUGGCCCGUGAGAACCGAGCGACGGACUCGUUCACCAUGCACACCGUUACUCUUGUUUCUUUCAUCGACAUAUUCUCCCCUUUCUUUGUCUCUUUCUUGUUCUACAGUAAAGCGAUGGAGUGUAUGUGUUGAAAGCGAA